CAGUCGUUCAGACACUCAACCUGCAACUGAAGAGUCACGACGUUUAUUAUGGUAUAUCAUCGAAUAUGAAAUGGAAUAGCUACAAACAAUGACAGAACUGAACUUCAUCCUUGUGUUCGUUCACGUGAUGUCUUCUGGGCCUGGGACACAUGCAGCAAAAACAGCUAAGGUGGUCUAUCAUGCGGCGGAGCACGACAACAUCACCAUCAGUUGGGACUUCCACGCCCAGACUGAUGUGUCUUCCACCACCUUGAACUGUAUUGAGGUUUCACAUCAUUCUAGGACUCUGUUUCUGAUGGUAAGGGGGGAUGAAGUCACAGAAUCUCAAGAUCCUCAGUUUAGAGGACGAGUUCUUUGUGACAAAGACGCUCUCAAAGAUGGUCAGAUUAAGUUCAGACUGUCCGGACUGACUCCAGAAGACUCUGGAAGUUACGUCUGUAAGCUGACACACUUUGACCGGACACUAGGAAGAACAGCUGUUCAAGCCUCUGUAAACUUUGUCUUGAAUGUGGACAACUCUCCUUCAGCUCAGAAACCUCCACCGUCAAGACCGGUGGUCACUAAAAAGCCACCUACUGAAGCCCCAUCAACAGACAUGAAAUGGGGUAUGGCUCUAGCGAUUGUUGGACUAGUUGCUGUUGUUGGACAUUUGUCCUGUUGUUUGACAACUUUUUAUAGACGAUAUAACAAGGCUCGACGACAGGAUAACAGGCUUCAACAACGGGACCUCAUCGACCUCCUGAUCAACGUCAACAUCAACAGCACAGGCGAGCAGCAUCGUGGCGACUUGGCUGCUCCGGAUGAUCGAACACUUGACAGAGAGCAAACACACCCUGAUCCAGACACUCCUCUGAUGACUCCACAGACCAACCAACAGGCAGAGGACAACUUGGUUGAGGACUGACUAGAAGUCAGCUGUCUGAUCUUUGAUCAGGUUUGACUGGCUCGGUGUUUCUUAAUUCCAGUCCCCGGGACCCCUGGAUGUUUUAGACCAGUAGUCUUCAACCCAGGUUCAAUUCAAUUCAACUUUAUUUAUAUAGCGUCUAUUACAACAAAAGUUGUCUCUAGGUGCUUUCCAUAGACCAGAACAUGACCCCCUAGCAGAGGUCCUGGAAAUAUACUGUCCUGGAUGUUUUAGAUGUUCUCUGUUUCAGCACAGCGGAUUGUAAUUAAUGGACUUCACAAGCUUGUCAUUCCGGUUUAUAAAAUUAAUUUGUAUGAGGGUGUGUUAAUGCAGGGAAACAUUUAAAACAUGCGGGAUAGUGGUUCUCCAGGACCAGACUUGGCUAUCCCUGACGUAGUCUGUGUCAUUUUACAAUAGACAAAAAAUUGUGUUUACCUCCCUUUUCAAAUGACUUAACCGUUUGGUUUCAGAUGCCAUUGUGAAAAUCCAGCACCUCCAUAUGUAGUUUAUAUUUCAGGUCUAAAGGAACAAAUUAAAUAGAUAAUAGAAGAUUUGGGAUAAAGGACCCAGUGGAGUAUACAAUACUAAAUACAUAGUUUAAACUUUUAUACACCACUCAGGGAAAGUCUUCGAAUUAAAACUUUUCAGCCGAAGGCAUGUCGAAGAAUAUUCUAAGAUGUAUUUUUCUUUAAACUUUUGUAACCUUUAAGAAUUUUUACACAUAAUGUUUUAUUUGUUUUGCCCCUGUUAACAAAUGAAACAUGAAAUGGGCAGCAAAAUAUGAUGUUCACAUGUGGACGGCAGGUCUCAGGGGGUUAAGCUAGUCUUGAUUGAUGACGUAAUUUAUUCAAUCUUUCAACUGUACUGUAAUUGUUUUAGGAGGAGCUGCUGUGUUCAGUCAUCCGUUCCUAAGAACACUCAAUGUGUCUUAAUUUGACAUUAUAUCCCUGUAUGUUGUUGUAUAUAUGCACUGUACAGAUAUAUUUUUCUAUCCUUUGAUAAAAAUGUUUUUGACAUUUUUUAUGUUAAUGGUAUCAUACAUAGUACAUAUUUAAAGUCUC